AGACCUAAAAGAACUAGACCUAGCAGUAGUGCAGGAACUCAUACACCUUCUUCUAGAGGUAGUUUUGAUCCUAAUCCAGGUUUUACUGAAGACUCUAAUCCAGGUUUUACUAAAGACCCUAAUCUGAGUUUUAUUGAAGACCCUAAUAUGAAACUGGUAUUAUCAACAAGUUAUUUAUCAUCUGGUUCCAAUAGAGGAAAUGCACCUAAUCCUAGUACACAGGAGGAUCCUGCACCUAAUACUGGAGAACAUUCUCCUAAUCCUGAUAAACAAGAGGAACCUGCACCUAAUCCUGGUUUACCUGAGGGAUCUUCAAAUGAUCAAACCCCAGUUCCAG